AUGGCUGCCAUUACAAUCAGUCAUACAUAUAACUGCCAAACAUUUAAAUACUUUGGAACUACACACAUACCCUCCCUCUCUUUCUCUCUCUCUCUCUCUCUCUGUCUCUCUAUCUUUUUCACUCUAUCGCUUUCUUUCUCUCCUCUCUCUCUGUCUCUCUCUUUCUCUCUCUGUGUGUCUCUGUCUCUCUCGCUCUCUCUUUUUCUCUCUGUCUUUCUUCCUCUCUCUGUCUCUUUCUUUCUGACUCUCUGUCUCUCUCCCUUUCUAUAUAUGGUUGCAACACAGAAAGCCUUGCGCAUUGAUUACAUUCGCGUCUCGAAAUUGACUUCCGCUGCGGAUGCCUUUUUUUUGCAAAGCGCAGCGGAAGUUAUUAUUACCAGACCGUUUCGGUUCAAGCCGCACAAAAGAAUUGGGUUUCAGUACUACAUAUUGUCUACCCUAUAUAAGAAGCUUUUUUUUAAUGAUAUAUCUUCUUCUUCUUCUUCUUCUUCUUCUUCUUCUUCUUCUUCUUCUUCUUCUCUUUCUCUCUCUGUCUAUUUCUCUGUGUGUCUAUUUCUCUCUGCGACUCUCUCAUUGUCUCUCUCCCUGAUUCUCUCACUCUCUGACUCUCUCACUCUCUCUCUCUCUCUGUCUUUAUCUCUUCUUUUUUUCACUCUGUCUGUCUCUGUCUCUUUCUCUCUCUCUUUCUUUAUGUCUCCCUCUAUCUCUCUCUUUCUCUCUCUCUUUCUAUCUCUUUCACUUUAUCUCUCUAUCUCACUCUCUUUCUGUGUAUAUGUGUGUCUCUCUCUUUCUCUCUCUGUGUCUUUAUCUCUUCCUUUUUUCACUCUGUCUCUUUCUCUCUCUCUUUCUUUAUGUAUCUCUCUUUCUCUCUCUCUGUCUCUCUCACUUUCUUUCUCUUUCUCUUUCUCUCUUUCUCUCUCUCUUUCUCUCUCUCUCUUUCUCUCUCUCUUUCUGUGUGUGUGUCUCUCUCGCUCUCUCUCUGUCUUUAUCUCUUCCUUUUUUCACUCUGUCUCUUUCUCUGUCUCUUUCUUUAUGUCUCUCUCUAUCUCUCUCUUUCUCUCUCUCUCUCUUUCUGUCUCUUCCUCUUUAUCUCUCUUUCUGUCUCUUCCUCUUUAUCUCUCUAUCUCUCUCUUUGUGUGUCUCUCUCGCUCUCUCUCUCUUUCUCUCUCUGUCUUUAUCUCUUCCUUUUUUCACUCUGUCUCUUUCUCUCUCUCUUUCUUUAUGUCUUUCGCUAUCUCUCUCUUUCUCUCUCUCUCUUUCUCGACAGGGGACAUUUAUUCGUGUAUAAAUUGA